AUGACGGUGCCCUUCGAAGAGUUGGAGAGAGCCUACAAGCAGGCCAUCACCCACAACGAUCUGCAGUGCAUGCCAGCCCCAUAUGGCAGCAGAGUUGCGCUUCCUCCAGACACGAGGUUGCAACUGGUGGAGAGGGAGGAGCAGAAUGGCAAGUGUACCAUCUUCAAGCACUUCAUCUUCCCGCAGAAGUGUAAGAAAGCGUUCUUCCAGACCGUCACCUUUGGGGAGGCUUUCAAGCCCACAUGCGCCCAUGCUCAAGCGGCUGGCAAGAAGAUCAUGCAGUACUGCUUUGAGAACAUGGGAGCAGCCUUUGACGAUUUGGAGGAUCGUGAACUCGACGCAGGCUUCGAUUACCUCAUCAAGAAUGGGCCUCGAAGCGGAUCAGAUCUUCGACAGCUUCGCUGGCAGACCAAGGAGCUUCGCCGCAAGGAGUCGCCAGUUUACAACUGGCCUGCUGGUGUCGUCGACAAAGCUCUUCGAACCUUGGCUUCUGAUGGAGCACUGGCGAGGAAGGAGUUCGAUUGGCCUCUUCCCUUGACCAGCACCUUCUUCAAGCGCUGGGUGUUGGACAUCCUGGAGAAUGUGUGGGACUUCGACCACUCCGCCUUUGUUCUUUUGGGUGAACCCGGCGCUGGCAAGAGCCCCCUUGGGCGCAGCGUACUUAUGGCGCAAUGCCGCCGCAAUGCUCAGAGCUUCGAAGGUGACCAACGGCACGGUCACCAUGGCGAUUUCCUGGAUGACCCAUCCACAUCUGACUUGCGCAUCAAAGCUCUGAAGUCCUUGCUCGAUGUGGGCUUGUACGAGUCAAUGUCGUGGGCCAGGUGGGGUGCUGUCAAGUGGGUGCAAAACCAACCCAGAGCUUUGGCAGCAAACAGCUACGACUGUGACAUCCAAGAGGGCGACGACUUCACCACCUUGUUCAAAUUUGAGGACUUCAAGAAGAUGAUCAUGUGCGCAGAUGACGAGAAGAUCUUGAAGAUCUUGGCUGAGGACGGUCUACUGCCACCUUGGGAGAAGAAAGUCUGCCCCAUGUGCAACAUCGGGAAGCUCUCGGGCGACUGCAAAAGCGAGGCAGUGGACUCCUUCGAUACCGCUGCAGUGCGAAGUCAUCCUCUACAGAUGCAAGCCGCCGCUCUGAUGAUGCGCCUGGCGAACGUCCCUCUGAGCACCAUCCACAUCUUGACGAACAUCAACCACAAGGCAUUGGAGCGCAUGGAUAAGGGGCUCAUCCUCACUCGCAAGGGCUUUGUCGAGAUCUCCGAGAAGGAAAUCAAUUUCGGAGGGGGCAACAAGUGGAAGGAUGUCGAAGCGGAUGAGGCCACUUUCGACAAGACCACAUGCGCCGAACAGGACGGCAACACGAUUUUGUGGGAGCAGUGGGCUGGCAUCGUUGCCCGUGGCAAGCCACAGACGCUGUUGCAUCGGCUCAACCCCCCCGCUACCAAGGCCAGAGCCCCGGGGCCGGGGGCAAUCCGCAAGGUGGACUGGACCCCGCUUGCCAGGAAGCACUUGCAGGGCAAGAGCAUCAUCUUGCACACAGAUAGCGCUCGAUCCUACAAGCUCAAGAUUGAUGGCGUGGUGCACGACUCGGUGGUGCACAAGAAGAAGCUCGUCAUCAAGAACGGCAAGCGCUCAUGGAAGCCCCCGACCUAUGUCAAGGUGGUGUCCCAUAAGCUCCCCGGCGGCAAGCGCUUGUCGGUAAAAGCCGGCACGCAAAUUAUCGAUCGCGCAUGGCGAUUCAUUAAGGAUCGCCUGAAAGCGAAUCAGAAUGUUAAGGCAGGCAGAGUGAUUUUGCGGGCCCAGAUCCGCUCUGCUCAGUAUGAGUACCCCAGAAGGGCAAGGACAUGUGGUCCUGCACAGGGGAUUUGA